CUGAACACACUUCCUCUAGAUUGGUGGGGUAACCCUGAGACCCCUAAGUGUUCAGGGAAUUAUUGAGAACAGCAUCCAGGAACAUUUGAGGCCUCUGUUCUGGUACACUGUGUAGGGAUCACAGGUUGCUCAGCACGUUGACACGAGUUGCCUUCUGACGGAGCUGUGGCCAUGGCCAACUGAAAGGACCAGCAUCCGUACCCCGAAGCCAGAAUGACUGAAGAAGCAUGCCGAACACGGAGUCAGAAACGAGCACUUGAACGAGACCCGACAGAGGACGAUGCGGACAUUAAAAAAAUAAAGAUGGAGAGAGGAUUGUUGGCUUCAGACUUAAAUACUGACGGAGACAUGAGGGUGACACCUGAGCCUGGGGCAGGCUCAACCCAAGGAUUGCUGAGGACAGCAGAGGCCCCAGCUGAGAGCAGAGGCGACGGGCAGGCUGGCGAUGGGCCCGUGGACAUGCGCACCUCGCAUAGUGACAUGAAGUCCGAGAGGAGACCCCCCUCGCCUGAUGUGAUCGUGCUGUCCGACAACGAGCAGCCCUCGAGCCCGCGGGUGAAUGGGCUGACCAAGGAGGCUCUGAUGGAGACCAGCACUGAGGCCCUUAUGAAAAGUAGUCCUGAAGAACGAGAAAGGAUGAUUAAGCAACUGAAAGAAGAGUUACGGUUAGAAGAAGCAAAACUCGUUCUGUUGAAAAAGUUGCGGCAGAGUCAAAUUCAGAAGGAAGCCACCGCCCAGAAGCCCGCAGGCUCCGCAGGGAGCACCGUGACCACCCCUCCCCCGCCAGUGCUCCCUGCCGGCAAACCAUCGCUUCAGACCUCUUCAACCCGAAUGCCUGGCAGCAUCAUCCCACCUCCCCUGGUCCGUGGCGGACAACAGGUGUCCUCAAAGCUGGGACCACAGGCGAACUCACAGGUCGUCAUGCCACCGCUUGUCAGGGGGGCCCAGCAAAUCCACAACAUCAGACAACAUUCCAGCACAGGGCCUCCGCCCCUCCUCCUGGCCCCCCGGGCUUCCGUGCCCAGUGUGCAAAUUCAGGGACAGAGGAUCAUCCAGCAGGGACUCAUCCGCGUCGCCAACGUCCCCAACGCCAGUCUGCUGGUCAACAUCCCACAGCCCACCCCGGCAUCGCUGAAGGGGACUACGGCUGCCUCUGCUCAGGCCAACUCCCCCCCCACCAGCGUGGCCUCUGUGGUGUCCUCUGCUGAGUCCCCAGCCAGCCGUCAGGCAGCCGCCAAGCUCGCGCUACGCAAACAGCUGGAGAAGACGCUGCUUGAGAUCCCCCCACCCAAGCCCCCCGCCCCAGAGAUGAACUUCCUGCCCAGUGCUGCCAACAACGAGUUCAUCUACCUGGUCGGCCUAGAGGAGGUGGUGCAGAACCUCCUGGAGACGCAAGCGGGCAGGGUGUCGGCCGCCGUGGCACUGUCCCGGGAGCCCUACAUGUGUGCACAGUGCAAGACCGACUUCACGUGCCGCUGGCGGGAAGAGAAGAGUGGGGCCAUCAUGUGCGAGAACUGCAUGACGUCCAACCAGAAGAAGGCACUCAAGGUGGAGCACACCAGCCGUCUCAAGGCCGCCUUCGUAAAGGCUCUGCAGCAGGAGCAGGAGAUCGAGCAACGCCUCCUGCAGCAGGGCGCUGCCCCCGCCCAGGCCAAGGCUGAGCCCGCUGCCCCGCACCCCGCCCUAAAGCAGGUCAUAAAGCCCCGGCGUAAGUUGGCGUUCCGCUCAGGAGAGGCCCGCGACUGGAGUAACGGGGCCGUGCUACAGGCCUCUAGCCAGCUGUCCCGGGGCUCGGCCUCAGCACCCCGUGGCGUCCUGCACACGUUCAGCCAGUCGCCCAAACUGCAGAACACAGCCGCGGCCACCGCUCUGGUGAGCAGGACCGGCAGACAUUCCGAGAGAGCCCUGAGUGCCAGCAAGGGCAGCGCUACCCCCAACUGGAAGAAGACGCCCCUGGGCACAGGCGGGACCCUUGCGUUUGUCAGCCCAAGCUUGGCAGUGCACAAGACCUCCUCGGCCGUGGACCGCCAGCGCGAGUACCUCCUAGACAUGAUCCCUCCGCGCUCCAUCCCCCAGUCGGCCUCAUGGAAAUAGUGCCAGGCCCAGCAGAGGACGGGCUCCCCUCCUCCCUCCCUCUGGCCCCUGGUCUAGAAGGACAUGCUGUACCACCGUCUGCUCGCUUGGGAAGACACGGUGCUGGCCUCGUGAGCGAGUGACAGCUGUUCCGCAGAAGCCAGACCUCCAUGCUUGCCUGCAGUGGCUCAGUGCAGCUGGGAAGGGGGUGCUGCUCCAAAAGGGGACGAGGACUUUAACUGGGGGACCUUUCCGUGGGCUUUCUUCCUUUCUCUCUUUGCCUUUAGUUUGCCCGACACCAGCAGAAAAGCGGACCAUGGGGGCUGGCUCUGCUCCUGGCCCCCUCAUCCAGCCCCCCGGCAGGCAGGCAGGCACGAACGGGCGGCUCACCCUGGACACUGUGACACGCUCGGACGAGGCCGGCGCCUGGGGCUCCUGACGUCAAGCAGGGCAUUUCAUUUCGUUUUUGCUUUUCCUGUCUUAGGCUCCUGAACUUUGCCUUCCUUUAUGGCGAUCUAUAGGUUAAAGUUUUUUUUGUUUUGUUGUUGUUUUUUUUUUGUUUUUUUUUUUAAUCACCUCAUGAUGAUGGAGUAAAAGUAAACCGUGCAGACCCAGGGGUCUCUGUCAUGCACGAUGUCGUCCGCCAGCCCCUCAGGCCCUGGAGAGUGGACCGCUGAUGGCACUACAGCCCCCGCAGGGACAGUCAGCCGGCCCCAGUGACUGAGAGAUCCAGGGACGGCCGACACAGCCCUCGCUUCAGCCGGAAGCCUCUGUUGCUGCUCUUCGGGAGACCCUGGACCUCCUACACUUAGAAGAACAAACUAAACCCAGCCCCAGCCAGAUAACCAGGGAUUCCAGAAGCCUUGCCCUGCCUGCGGAGGAGGAAGGUCGGCAGCAACACCCAGAAGCCUGAGCAGGAAGUUGGAAAGGGGGAGGGUUGUUGGGGUUCUUUUUUUUGUUGUGGUGGUUUAUUUUAUUAAAUUUUUUCCUUUUCUUUUUCCUCUUCAUUUUGACGGACACAAUCGUAAGCCACCUUGACCCGGUGCCCCUGGUCAGGUGAGCAGAACAACAGUUGUGUCGGGGUGGAAGGCGCCAUCCGGGUGCCCAGUGAGCUGCUGCCCCAGACUUCAGGAUUUCCGUUUGGGUCUAGCUUAGAACCUUUCCUUAAAGCUGGGGGUUGCUGUCAGGGUUUGCUUUCAGAUUUUUUUUUUUUUUUAAACCCUUUAGAGUCUACAGGAAUGUUUUUAAAAGGAUCAGGUCUGCUUUUUAGUUUUAUUAAUAUUUUAUUUUUUGUCUCCUCUCUCUUUAAAAACCGGUCUUGCAAGGAAAGACAAGCUUUUCCGAGUUGGCCCCACAUUGGGCCGGCUUUAUGCCGGUGCAAGGCAUCCCGUGUCCACACACCACGCGUGUGUCUGCUGUGGACACGGGGUACUGCUAUUCCCCAGUUCAGCUGCAACCCCAGUUCUCCAGUUGAUGCAGUUAGGGUCUUUAAUUUAAAAUCCUUAUUUUUUAGGGCCGCCUUCAAACAUGACCGCUACAACGUUCUAAUAAAGGCUCAUUUAACCCCCUCACUCCUGUGUGAAUAUCAUCAGUCUCUCAAGAACAUUUUUGACAUGCAGAAUACCUAGUUUUGGAAAACAUUCUAAUUUUUUCUUGUGCAGAAACCCUGGAAUUCUGGUUUUCGUUCCGAGUGUGUAACAUUGAUGGACCGAAGGAGGCAAGGGGGAGAACAGGGAAGGGUGAUAUUCAUUCUAGGAUCCAGGGCAAGGUGGGAAAUUGAUAAAUUUCUUUUUUUGGUGAGGGGGGAGGGAGGGUGUGUUUUUACACCAAAAACUCAAGAGUAUGCAAGCGUUUCUAUUCCUCGCAUUUUUCUGUGUGCCUGGCAAAUAAAUACCUGUCUUCUACUA